AUGCCCAACAUGAAGUUACACAGCAUUCUUCUGGCGCUGGUCUUCUUGUUCUCUCUGGCAUGCGCACGAAAUCCGGUUGUCGAUCUAGGUUACGCGCGGUAUAGAGGACAGACGCUCUCCAGCGGUGUCAACCAAUGGCUUGGGAUACGGUAUGCGGCUCCUCCAGUCGGUCCGUUGCGGUUUGCUGCACCGCAGGAUCCUAGGCCCAUGGAGGGAAUACAGUACGCGGCCAAGACGAAGAGACGUCCUAGACUUUUGCCAGUAUAUGUCUGGAUCCAGGGUGGAGGGUACAAUGAAAACUCGCAAGCAAACUACAACGGAACUGGCCUCAUCCAAACAUCUCACAUGGAUAUCGUUGUGGUGACCUUUAACUACCGGGUCGGUCCGUAUGGGUUCCUGUCUGGUGAAGAAGUUCUCAAAGGAGGAAGCCUGAACAACGGUCUCAAAGACCACAUUAAGGUUCUGCAAUGGGUCCAGAAACAUAUACGCAAGUUUGGGGGUGAUCCUGAGCGUGUAGUUAUCGGAGGCGCCAGUGCAGGAGGUGCCUCCGUCACACUUCUUCUGUCGGCCUACGGCGGUAGGGAUGACCAUCUCUUCCACGGUGCCGCUGCAGAGUCGCAGAGCUUCGCCGGAAUGCUCACUCUAGACGAGAGUCAAUUCUUGUACAACAACCUGGUCAUUCGUACCGGUUGCGCAAGCGACACCGACACACUUGCAUGUUUACGUCGACUAGAUACUGCAAGUCUUCAACUGCAAAACAUACAGACGCCUCUCCCCAGGGCACAACAAGCGCCGCUCUACUUGUACGGCCCGACAAUUGACGAAGACCUAGUUCCGGAUUACACUUAUCGCCUGUUCCACGAAGGAAAGUUCAUCAAAGUGCCCGUCAUCUUCGGUGAUGCCUCAGACGAAGGUACCGUCUUCGUUCCUAAGAAUACAUCUACUCUUGGGGAAGCAGAUACAUUCAUCCAGAAUCAAUUCCCCGAGAUUGAACUACAUCAUUUCGCCAAAAUCAACAAAUGGUAUUUUACGGAUGACCAACUCGUACCGUACCCUAAUGCCGGGCAUUACUGGAAAGCAACGAGCAAUGCCUACGGUGAGAUGCGCUACAUAUGCCCCGGAAUAGAUAUGUCGUCGAUCUACGCGAAAGCCGGCGUUGCGAGCUGGAACUUCCACUAUGCUGUGUUGGACCCGCAGUCGGAAGCGUCUGGUGAAGGUACCACACAUACCGUCGAGAGAUUUGCCAUCUGGGGCCCACAGUAUGUGCCGGAGAAGGCGCCAGAAUCUUACUUCACCUCGAACGCACCCAUUGUCCCCGUGAUGCAGGGAUACUGGACAAGUUUCAUCAAGAGCCUUGAUCCUAACCUGUACCGCUAUCCCGGAAGCCCCGAGUGGAAGACAUGGGGUAACGGCGAUGGAUACCGACGUCUGUUUAUUCGCACCGGAGAGACCAGUAUGGAGAGCGUCCCGGACGCCCAGAGGGAACGUUGUAAAUAUUUGAUAAGCAUUGGACCGGAACUUGGACAAUGA